CAUGAUGGCAUCUGCUAAGUUAGUUGCCUAUCUGACAUGUCUGCUUUUGGGGGAAAUGGCUCUGAUGACAAAUCUGAAUCAUUCUGCAAGUGCACAUCAAGGAAGUAGUUUGAAAAUAGCUGAUGUUGGGGAGAGCGUAACUUUACCAUGUUUAUAUGAAAGUGAUGCUGCAACAUAUUACUGGUACAAACAAAAACUGGGUCAGAAACCAAGGCUCAUGUCCAUCACCUACAGGUACAAUAAAAACACCACUUUUCAAGGUGAAUUCAGGAAUAAUCGACGCUUCACAGUGGACGGUGAAGAAACAAAUAACUUGAAGAUUUCAGAUUUACAACUUUCUGACUCCGCUACCUACUACUGCGCAAGAAGUUACUCAUUUGUCUUUGAAUUUUUGUCGAGCUUUACUGUCGCUGUAAAGGCUUCAGACGUCAGUGGUGAAGCUUUGGUCCGUCAGUCUGAAUCUGAGAACGUCCAUCCAGGAGACUCUGUGACUCUGAACUGUACUGUUCAUACUGGGACCUGUGAUGGAGAACACAGUGUUUACUGGUUCAAAAAGUCGGAAGACCCUCAACCAGGAGUUAUCUACACCCAUGGAGGCACAAAUGACCAGUGUGUGAGGAAAAACGACACACAGACACACACCUGCGUCUACAACCUGCCCAUACAGAGCUUGGACCGUGCUGAUGCUGGAACCUACUACUGUGCUGUUGCAUCAUGUGGACGAGUACUGUUCGGAAAUGGAACCAAACUGGAGUUUAAUGAUGAAGUGCACACUCUAGUCUUGGUGUUCUUCUUAAGUGGAGCUUUGGCGAUCACCACCACCCUGGUUGUUUCAUUGGCUGUUUCAGUUUACAAGCUGAACAAGAGAAACAGCUGCGAAUGUACAGAGUGUCAAGUAAGAUAUUCAACUCCCUCUGCAACAAACAGAGAGGGUUACCAAGACGAUCUCCAUUAUGCAGCUUUAAGUGUCAACUCAGCCAACGCAUCAAGAAGGCAGAGGAAAAACUACGAGGCCGAGUGUGUUUAUUCUGGUGUCAGACAGUCAGACUAGUUUCCCUCUGUUAAUAAAGGAUUUAAAGCUUAGAUGUAAAUAACGUUCAAUAUCUUUCAUAUGAUCUGCAGUAAUACAAUAAAACUUGCUUUUGUAGAAUUUGUUUCUGAUGUUUUAAAUAUGUAUAUUUACAUUUAUCUGCAUUUGUAUGUACAUUUUGUGUAAUUAACCCAUAAAGAUACAGGGCUAAAUUAAUUUUUCUCUCUAUUUCACCUUU